ACAAUGAAGACUCUGGUGUUUGUGUCUCUCGUGGGAUUAUUCCUCCACGACACGACGGCAGUGAUGCACUCUCUGAAGUAUUUCUUCACGGCGUCUUCUGAAGUCACAAACUUCCCAGAGUUUGUGGCUGUUGGGAUGGUUGAUGAUUUUCAGAUAACUUACUACGACAGUAACAUCAAGAGAGUAGAACUCAAACAGGACUGGAUGAAGAAAGUUACAGAAGACAAAGCUGACUACUGGAAGAGGCAGACUGAGAAAUCUAUGGGUCACCAACAUGUCUUCAAAGGCAACCUUGACACUUUCAAGCGGCGCUUCAACCAAACUGGAGGUUUGUUUAUGAUUCAAUUUAUACUGAAAAAAGAUUGUUUAUAAUUUGAUCCUGAAUUUUAGUGAACAGAUGUUACCA